AUGGUCAGAGAAUUCUGGAUCCUGGGAUUUGAGAACACCCACAACACUAAAAGCAUACUCUUCUUUUUGUUUCUAUUAAGUUAUGUUUCCACAUUAUCUACUAAUUUCAUGAUUAUCUUACUGGUCUCCGCGUACCGCCAUUUAAAUGCUCCGAUGUACUUCUUCCUCAGCCACCUGUCUUUCAAUGACAUUCUUCUCUCCACCACCAUUGUACCUGAAAUGCUCCACAUUAUAUUGAGAGAAGGGUGUGCUACUUCUUUGUCUAGAUGCUUCACCCAAUUCUACUUCAUUUCUUUAUCGGGUAUUAAUGAGUGUUUCCUCCUCACUGUGAUGUCCUACGACCGAUAUUUGGCCAUCUGCAACCCAUUGCGUUAUUCCACCAUUAUGGACCUUAAACUUUGUAUUCUUCUUGCAAGUAUAUCAUGGGCAUGUGGAAUAGCGUUUGCUUUACCACAUAUUGUUCUUCUGCAGAAGAUGACAUUUUGUGGGCCUAAUAUUAUUUACCAUUUUUAUUGUGACCUUCUUCCACUUCUCAGCCUUUCUUGUUCAGACACAUCAGCUAAUGAAAUGGUAAGUGUAUUAAAUUCUAUCCCAUUCUUGUUUCUACCAUUCAUUUUUAUCUCUGGAACUUAUAUAAACAUCAUUCUUGCCAUUCUCCGGAUCUCCACCUCAGCUGGAAGACAAAAGGCCUUCUCCACCUGCAGCUCCCACCUGAUUGUGGUCUGUGUAUUUUAUGGGACCAUUAUGUUUAACUAUCUGGUUCCAUCUGAAGGACAAUUCCUAGGUUUACAAAAAAUGGUUUCUGUGUGUUAUACUAUUUUGACCCCGAUGCUGAACCCUCUUAUAUACAGUCUAAGGAACGAAGAGAUAAAAAGGACAAUAAUGACAUUUAUAUUUCUAAAAAAACAACGUAAAAUGUACAUAUAA